CUCUCUCUGUAUUCUGUACGUACCGAGCCAAGCCUCACAAUGCUGCGUUCACUAAACCAAGUGGCUUAGAAAUUAGCAGUGAUGUCGCUGUUGCCAAACCCACUUCUCUGUGGUGGACUCGUUCUGUGAGGCAGUGCAGCACUCAGACAGCUGAGCAGGUGGACUGUGCGAGAGGAGAAACCAGCAUCACCUGUCUGGGAAAUCUGGAACAAGGGAGGACAGAAAAGGAGGAGGAGGAGGAGGGGCACAGUCUUUGGAAAACUGAGAUCUCGCUCUGUCUACACAUCCCAUCCCACCCCUCUCUCUCUCUCUCUCUCUCAUAUGCACACACACACAGACACACUCUCCCCCUCGCCUCUCCCUUUUUCCCUCCCUGUUUGUCUCCAAUGCUGGCGUGGUGAACGGCAGGACACCCUCGGCUGAGCUGCAUGGAGGCACAGGGAGGGGCAGGGAGCCCAGAGCCCAAUAAAGACAUCCAGAAGCUUCUGAAGCCCUCCAGCUCAGGAGACCUGUCCAAGGAGUUGCUCCAGCACCCAGCAGGGGGGGAGGAGGAGGAGGGCAGUCUGUCUGGGCACACUGCUAGCCUGCUGCACAUCACUGAGAAAAGACAACCACUGAGUAGUGUGUCUUCUUUGGAAGUGCACUUUGACCUCCUGGAUCUGACUGAGCUGACGGACAUGUCUGACCAGGAACUGGCUGAGGUUUUUGCUGACUCUGAUGAGGAGAACCACAACGACUCCCCAGCAGGUUCCCACCAGCCUGUGCUGCCCCGAGGUGGGUACAUGCGCUCACCUUCGUGGACACGCUGCAGCAAAGUUGAGCCCCCUCGAGAGAGAAAACACCACAGUGACUCGGACACCCCAGAGCCCUUAAUGAAGCUGGAAAGACCGAAGCAGCCAUGAUAGCUGGCGUGAAACAGCUGGACCAUGGAAAAAGAGCAAACCCAGAGGCAGACAGACACAGCCAGAACAGGAACACAAUGCGGACCAGGAGGCCCCCGUCUGCCACUGUGCACUCACAUAGCGUUUCAUGGUGCUGAACACACAAGUUCAGGUUGUACUCUGGACAACGUGCUCUGUGCUCUAACUAAAGAUGUUGAGAUGUGCAAUACACACACUCUCCUCCUCUCUCCCUUUCUUCUCUUCUCUUCUCUGUUACACACACAAUCAUUGUGUUUUUCAUGCAAGGGGUUCUUAAUGUUCUCUGGGCUCCCAGAGCUUUGUUUUCGAAUGACAGACAGGGUAUGAGGUCUGCAGAAUAAUAAGAGCACUUCCAUCCUUACUGCUUCUCUCAGGAUGGGGAAUAGCCUGGACAUCGAGAUUGAUUCCUAAAUUGUUUCCACAGCGUGUGGCCUGACCUUACCUUUAAUGUGAAGUUUGGACACUGGGAUUCACACUGAAUUACCAGGACACGAUUCAAAACAUAAAUCAUGUCAUAAAGCUGUUCAAAAUAAAAUAUUACACUGAGGUUA